GCCGGGCUGCCGAGCCGAGGAGCCGCGGCGGCCGUGGCUGGUGCAUGUGUGGCUGCUGGAUGCGGAGGCGGCGGCGGCGGCGGCGGCGAGGAGCAGCAGCGGCGGCGGCAGGAUGUUAGGGCAGCAGCAGCAGCAACUCUACUCGUCGGCCGCGCUCCUGACCGGGGAGCGGAGCCGGCUGCUCACCUGCUACGUGCAGGACUACCUCGAGUGCGUGGAGUCGCUGCCCCACGACAUGCAGAGGAACGUGUCUGUGCUCCGAGAGCUGGACAACAAAUAUCAAGAAACAUUAAAGGAAAUUGAUGAUGUCUAUGAAAAAUAUAAGAAAGAAGAUGAUUCAAACCAGAAAAAACGCCUACAGCAGCAUCUCCAGAGAGCAUUAAUCAAUAGUCAAGAAUUGGGAGAUGAAAAAAUUCAGAUUGUCACGCAGAUGCUCGAAUUGGUGGAAAAUCGGGCAAGGCAAAUGGAGUUGCAUUCACAGUGUUUUCAAGAUCCUGCUGAAGGUGAACGGGCCUCAGAUAAGGGAAAGAUGGAUUCCAGCCAACCAGAAAGAUCUUCGAGAAGACCCCGCAGACAGCGAACCAGUGAAAGCCGUGAUUUAUGUCACAUGACGAAUGGGAUUGAAGACUGUGAUGAUCAGCCACCUAAGGAAAAGAAAUCCAAGUCAGCCAAGAAAAAGAAACGCUCCAAGGCCAAGCAGGAAAGGGAAGCAUCACCUGUUGAGUUUGCAAUAGAUCCCAAUGAACCUACAUACUGUUUGUGUAACCAAGUGUCUUAUGGGGAAAUGAUCGGAUGUGACAAUGAACAGUGUCCAAUUGAAUGGUUUCACUUUUCGUGUGUUUCGCUUACCUAUAAACCAAAGGGGAAGUGGUAUUGCCCAAAGUGCAGGGGAGAUAAUGAGAAAACAAUGGACAAAAGUACUGACAAGGCAAAAAAGGAUAGAAGAUCGAGGUAGUAAAUGCCAUCCACGUUUUAAAAGGUUAUUUGUCUUUUAUAUAAUUCUUUCAGAAUUUGCUUUCAGAAAAUGUUUUAGGGUAAAUGCAUAAGACUAUGCAAUAAUUUUUAAUCAUUAGUAUUAAUGGUGUAUUAAAAGUUGUUGUACUUUGUCUGUGACCUUAAUUUUCUGCACUGAAUUACCAAAUAUUUUAAACCAGGUAGUCUUUAGAUCACCUGAUGAAAGGAGCAGGGAAUAGGGAGAGGGUGGUGUGAACAUUAUAAAACCUUCACAAACCAUGCCUAUUUCAUUUUCAUUUAAAACUACAAAGCUGUUUUUUGGGUAAACACCAAAGUUUUGCUAGCAUUUUAGUUCUCUGGGCUUUAAAAAAUUUAGAUACAGUUGGAGUUCUCUGUAAGCAUUCAAAUUAUCUUGGGUAAUUUAAAAUAUGAACACUACAUUCGGAGCUUCUUUCUCCCUAGCCCCAUUUAUACAUACACUUGUUCAUCUCUAGUCUUCCAAGAAUCUCAGGAGCUAGAGAUAAGAAUAAUUUGGGAUUCCAUGUGGAAUAAUGUGCUCUUAUUAGAGUAUUUGCUGCUGUAUUUUCCUUAGUAGCAUUUUGAUACACUGUCAGUAGCCCAUUUGUAAAUGCCUUGCUGCUGCAUCAUAGACCCAUUUAACCUAGUGCUUAAUAAGGGAGUUGUGUUUUGUUUUGUUUUAAUUGGGACAGCUAAGCAUAGUUAGGAUACCAAAAAUGGUGCCAUUGGCUUAUAUUGGAAAAUUUGGGGUUAUGCAGUAUCAUGGUUCAAGGUUGAGCAAUUUUAAAAAAUGCAUCUUAUUUAAUAACAUUUUCCAUGUGACCCACUUCUGCGAUGCCUAGCCACAGGCCCGCCAGUGGGAAAAAGGGCGCACACUGGUCUUUAAAAUAUUGCCUUUACAUCAAACAGGAGUUGAAAUAGUUUUGCUAGUGGCUAUAGUUGAUUUCUGUCCCAAUCAGUGAUUAUAUAUUAUUUUAAGUAAUAGUGUAUUCACUUUAACUUUCUGGUAUUGGUGCUGUUUGAUGUUUUCACGUUUAAUGAACUAAUUUCAUUAUAACAAUGCAAUUAAUAAUGUAUUUGUAAAUUGAAUUUUCCGAGAUUCUGAUAUUUUAAGGGUAAGCAUAUUGAUGGAUAUACGAACAUAUAUUCGGAGAAUUUUUUGGUUUGGGGGAGGGGGCAGCAGAUUGACUAGUUCUUUAAAUCUAUGUGUAACAUACUUUUUAUUCCUCAUUUCUUCCUAAUCUGAUGAUCUUGAUUCUUUUUGAUUAACAUGUGAAAAAUUCUGUCUGCUUGUUUGGAAAAAAAAAAAAAAAAAGUUUUUUUUUUCUCUUCCAGCUCUCCUGUGUGACUUUUAGGCAUGUUAUUUCACCUCAUCUAGGUGUCAGGUUAUUCAUCUGUAAUAUGAGGUUGGCUUAACUAUGUCCAAGGUUCUUUUGAAAUCUAUAGUAUUUGCACUAUAGUGAGGAUUUUAAUAAUCAAAUGACUUGUUUUUCUCUUUUGUUAAUUUUGUCCGUCAUUCUGAGAUAUGAAGACGGUUUAAAGGUGAUAUUUGAGACAGGUAAAUGCACAACAGUUGAUUAACUUCUGUCUUAAGGAUAUUUUGCUUGAUGACUGGAACCAGUUGGUUAUAUUGCUUCUUGAGCGAGAAAUAUUAGACAGCAUGAUGAAGAAUUUAUUUUAUUGUAACAUAGUUGAGUUGUAAAAAAAAAAAAUUCUUUUCUCUCUUGAGAAUACAGCAUUUUGUCUUAGUGAUUACAUCCUUAUUACUAGGAUGAGCUCUUUACCUGACACCAUUAAAAAUAUCCAUAUGUGCAAAGUC